AUGGCACCGUUACCAUCAAAGUCUGAUAAGUUGUAUAUCGAUGCCGUGUCGCCUCUGCACUUGCUGUUCCUGAAGGUGCUAUUUCCUCACAACCUUACCAUGCUAGUCACGAGAAAAAUACUCUUUGGGCUUUUCGCUUCGAUAUCUGUCACUGGAGCGGUUAUAUUUAAACCCCAAAAUGAGUUCCAAGAGCUUUCUGGAUUCAAUGCCUCCUUUGCUGUGGACUUGGGGCCUUGGUUCAAUAAUCGUGCAUUUGGAAUGAAGCCUAAUGAAUCGAGCUUCGAUGGUGAUGGCAACUCUUACCCAGCAGCAGAAAUGCCACCCGAGACAUUUUCAUACGGAGGAUUCAAUUAUCGCUUCUCAGCAUAUAAUCGCUCAGGCUACGACAAUAUGUUAUUAAAAGGUCAGGAGCUCAAAGUACCCCGUGGUAAAUACUUUAGCUACCAGAUGCUUGCCUCUUCAGAGUCAGGAAUGGCAGCUGGCUCGGUAACCGCCAAAUAUGCCGAUGGAACCAACACCACUGGACCGUUGCUGGUCCCAGCUUGGUGGAACUGGCCAUAUCCUGCCGGAGGAGACUUGGUCUUUUCAUCUUACUUGACUGAAAAUACUACCAACUUCAAUAGAUCCAACAUCUUCCAAACCAUCAAUUGGCUCGACUCCUCGAGAGAGCUUGUCUCAUUGACUUUCCCCAAGUCCUCAUCCGGGUCAUCGACUUCUCCAGGAGGAGCUUCUGUUGAAACCAAGCUUCAUGUAUUUGCAUUGUCGAUGCUACCAGUGUUGAACCACAGUUCGCAAUCAAUCCAAUUGGAGACACAAUAUGCCCGCUCAACCCAGAAGUGGAUGGAGGGUACUGACAAAGUACAAAUCGUGGAGGUUCUCGUUAAUAACUUUGGAUCUUCGUUUGCUCUACGGAAUAAUAGUGUGCGUGUUCAAAUUGAGUCUCCAGGUCUUGAAACUGUGACAGAAGGUGUGAUCCAUCGUCUCGGACCCGGUGAUCAGGCCACAGUUGAGGUUGGUGUUCGAAACCGCGAAGGAGCGACACCCGGAAAUACUGGCCCAGCCACUGUGGUUAUCAAGGGUCGGAAUGUUGCAUCUGUCAAGUAUACAUUCCAGGCAACCUAUGGUAUUGGUCUUUAUGAGGCUACCUAUGAGUCGGUUUACAGUCACGAAUCGCCAGCCUGGUAUAACAAUGCCAAGUAUGGGAUUUUCAUUCACUGGGGAAUUUACUCGGUACCUGCCUGGGGAAAUACGGGAUCCAAAGAAAACUAUGCAGAAUGGUAUUGGUGGUGGCUUGGCCAGGGGCCGAACUAUCCAACUGAUGUAUACGACUAUCAUCUGAAGAAAUACGGACCGAAUGUAGUAUACGACGAUUUCAUUCAAAAUUUCACUGUGGAUGCCUGGAAUCCAAAAGAAUGGGUAGAUCUCUUUGCCGAUGCCGGUGCCAAUUACUUCGUUCAAGUCAGCAAGCACCACGAAGGGUAUGCGCUGUUUGAUCUUCCAGAGAAUGUGACGAAGAGAACUUCUGUAGCUAUGAAACCACACAGAAACCUGAUCCAGGAACUCUUCGAUGCGUCAAAAAGGUACCAGCCACAACUCCACCGUGCGGUGUACUAUUCCCUACCGGAGUGGUUUAAUCCCGAUUAUAAGAAAUAUGGCUUUUCGACUUGGCCGGGGGGAAACGCCACAAACCCUUUCACAAACAAGACUCUACCGUAUACGGGAUGGGUGCCGGUCAAUGACUAUAUUGCCGACAAGAUGCUUCCCGAAAUGAACACCUUAGCCGACAUGGGUACGGAGAUUAUGUGGUGUGACAUUGGUGGACCCAAUCGGACUCUUGAGUUUGCAUCCAAAUGGUUCAAUCGGGCGGCCAAGGAAAACCGCCAAGUUGUCAUGAAUUCCCGCUGUGGUCUUCCGGGCGAUUUUGAUACACCAGAAUAUGCUUCCUACGACGGAGUACAGGUUCGCAAAUGGGAGAGCAGCUUAGGAAUGGAUCCCUACAGCUAUGGAUACAAUCGAGCUACACCUUUGGCGAGCUAUAUGAAUGCCUCUUCGAUUGUGACCCAGCUCGUUGACAUCGUCAGCAAGAACGGAAACUUACUUCUCGACGUUGGUCCAACUGCAGAUGGAACCAUUGUAGACGUGGAGCAAAGGCAUCUGCGACAGGCUGGUACUUGGAUCAAAAGCCAUGCUGAGGCCAUUUUCAACACUACCUACUGGUUCGUUACCCCCGAGGAAGGGGACAAUGUCAGAUUCACUACGUCGCUUGAAGCAUUUUAUAUCCAGACCCUCGCCAGACCUAACGGCACUAUGACCUUUUCGAGUCCAAUCCCCUACGUGCAUGGUGACAAGGUCACUGUCGUGGGAGGGAAGAUGCACGGAACAGUCGUGCCGAGCAGAAAGGACAGCAAUGGCUCGUUGACAUUGUCUAUCAGCAAGGAUGUUGCAGCCGCUGACCGAUUCGCCUGGGUAUUCAAGAUUGCGUAUUAG